AUGGAGUUUUUACUGAAGCGGUCUUUGGCUAAUCCCAAAUACGAGUUUUCCUAUGGCGUAGAAGAUCACCACACGGGUGACAUCCACUCUCACAAGGAAACCCGCGAUGGGGACCACACACAAGGGGAAUAUUCCCUGCACGAACCCGAUGGUACCGUGAGAACUGUUAAAUACAGCGUCGAUAAACACAGCGGAUUUAACGCUGUGGUGGAAAAAUCGGGACAUCCUCAACAUAAACAUCAGAAGAACUCUUACUAUUGA